GCGGCCGAGAAGGCUGCCUCCCACACACCGCGGGGCGACGUGCUCCCCGCAACGCCUGCCAUGGCGCGGGCCGACCCCGCCACCCUUCCCGCCCGCCAGCGGCGGCGCCUGCGCGGAAAGCGGGGGCGCGGGCCGGGGCGGGCGGCUGGCUGGCUGGCUAGCUGCGGAUCCCGGGGUGUAAGGAGGGGGCCGUUUCCCGCCGCCCCGCUCGGCGGGCUCUGCCGCCGUUACCUCGUAGACGUGGAGGAGGUUGUGGCGGCUGAAUGACAGACAACAGUCCUCCAGCAUCAACCCAUACCGUGGAUGAGGAUGCUCUACAGAAACUUAUUCAUUUGCUCCAGGCCACAGAUGAUCCAUUAAUUCAAGAGCAAGCUUUAAUCACUCUCAGCAACAGUGCUGCCUUCUCUGUAAAUCAAGACAUAAUCCGAAAUUUGGGUGGCCUUUCUGUUAUUGGAGGGAUGCUCUCAGAUUGCGUUCCCAAAGUUAAAGAAAAAGCACUAAAUGCACUUAAUAAUUUGAGUAUGAAUAUUAAAAAUCAGGAAGAGAUACAGGUAUAUAUUGUGCAAGUUUGCAGGAACGUUGAGUCAGCUCCCCUGAACUCUGAUCUGCAGCUAGCUGGACUCAGAUUGUUGACAAAUAUGUCUGUUACCAGUGACUACCACCAUAAGAUGAUAAACUCAAUUCCAUGCUUGUUUCAUUUGCUUUCAGAAGGAACUGAAAGGACACAGAUUCAAGUUUUGAAAGUGCUUGUGAACUUAUCUGCAAACCCAGCCAUGACAAGACAUCUUCUUAGAGCAAAAGUGCCAUCACUGCUGUUGCUUUUUGACAACUGUAUAAACAGAGAUAUUCUGCUCAGAGCCCUGGUGUUUGCAGCAAACUUGAAAAAGAAUAUGAACAAUGAAGAUGGCACCAUGAUUCAGGACCAAUACAGUGAACAUUCAAUUUUCUCCACGCUCUGCAGGGACUCUACCCCAUUUGCUCAGAAACUGGCAUCUUUGUUGCAUCACCCCGAUACAGAAGUGAAAGAGCAAGUUGUGAGAAUAUUAACACAGUAGUGAUUUUUUUAAAAAACAGACUGACCUGAUGAAAAUAUAUAAUCUUAGGAAUGAUAUGCUACAAAACUCCCAACAAGCAAACAGUAAAACAACCAUAAAAAAUACUGAAUACUACCAUAUUACUAGGCACAGAUCAGUUACUACAAAAGAGAAUGCAAUGUCUUUAAUAUAAGAGCAUGACAGUUUUUUUGUUUGUGGUUUUUGUUUUUUUUUUUUUUUUAACACGAGCAAGACAGAAGCAAUAGCUUAAUUAGUACUGAGAAACCAGUGUGCAGCUGGUACAUGUACACAAAGGGGGAGGAAUAGUUUAAAACUUGAAAACUUUCAUACGUACAGUGAACAUUUUAAAUGGAUGACUAAAGUGAAUCAAAAUAUUAUUCUCAAUGUCAAAGAAUUUUUGUUGCCUUAAGUAUUUACAGCUGUUGAAUAAAUACCUCUAUAAAAUGGCGCGUUAAAGAUUUAGCAAUUAGAGAUUAGACCUUUACAUUUUAUUAAUCUGAUAUCUGCUAAAUGGGUGCUAGCAAAUCUUAGAAAAUACUAAAUAAAAACAAUACCAAACUA